AUGUCCGUGUUCGAAUCAAUUGCACACACCCAAGCUGCGUUGAGGUUAGAACUGCUCUACCCUGAUGCAACUAAAUCCCCUUCCCAUCAUACCCGCACAGGAGUUGGCAGAUCGCAUCCCACAGCGCCCUCCUCCUCCCCCAGCACAUCCCGCCGCUCACAAGGACACUCCAAGUCACUGUCCGUGCCGCGAUUCGCCCCCUACUCACUCACGCCUGCCGUCUCUGGUUCGCACGCACGCUUUUCAGCGUCAACAUCCAUGAAGUUGAAGAUGGCAUUGGACAACGGGCUUGCCAAGCGCACGCAGAAGAACUACGGCUCGUUCAUAAGCCAAUUCCAAUCGUUUUGCAAGGCCGAGCGUGUGGAGGAAACCGCGAUGUUCCCAGCCGACGAACAGGUGCUGUGCGCAUUCAUCGGUUCUUUUACCGGAGAAAAAUCCGGCAGCACCGCAAACGCAGCCGUAGCCGCCCUCAAAGCGUGGCAUCGUCUACACGGUAUGGACUGGAAUGGGGGCUAUCUACUUUCGCACGUUGUAAAGGGAGUCGCAAACUUAGCCCCGCAUUCCUCACGUCGCACACCGAGACCCCCGAUAUCUAUUGCUAUGCUACAUAAACUACGCGCACACCUCUCUAUGCAGUCUCCAUUCGACAUUGCGGUCUUCGCGGCAGCUUUAACCGCAUUUUGGGGCCAAUGCCGCUUGGGAGAACUACUUGGAUCAUCCCGCCUCCGCCACGACCCGCUUGCUACCCCCUCCCGGUCCUCAAUCUCGUUACCUCCUUCACCGCGGUUACAGGACCCAUCAGCAAGCAUGACUCUGCACCUCCCCCGAACCAAGACACACCAAAUCACCGGCGAACACGUUCACCUAGCAAGCCAGCGAGACGGCUUGUCGCCAAUCACGGCCAUGGUCGCCCACUUGCGCGCCAACGCUUCUAUCCCCGGCUCACAUCACAUCUUCGCAUACUCAACCCGCGACGGUAGCAUCCGUUGCCUUACGCGAGAGGACUUCCUGGUACGCUGUAACGAGGUCUGGAUCACAGAAGGCCACCCGAGCGUUUUUGGUCACUCAUUCAGGAUCGGCGGGACGCACGCAUAUCUUACCGCUGGCGUACCUAGCGAUGUUGUCAAGAAGAUGGGUCGAUGGUCUUCGGACGCGUUCCUAAGGUACUGGCGCAGCAUGGACAAAAUCAUCAAUAUUUACGCAAAAGACAUUUCCGGGUCCCCGCGAGUAUCCGCGGACCACCAGCCCAUGCCAGCGACGCAUUGGGGUGCUGCGCCCGCCCGCACGCGAUGCGUUCGAGCGCAGACGCGCCUUCCGCCACUCGCUCCCUUCGUCCUCGCUCCCGCUCCUCCCGCUUCGUCCUCCCGCUCACGCUCUUUGGGUGAGCUCGCUCGGUGGCUCGGCCCCGGUGGCACCCCGGUUCGGCGUACCGCCUCUCCGGCUCCCACCCCAUGCGUCUACCGGUCUGGAUCGUACGCGCAUCUCCUUUCCCCUUAUCAUACAUGCGGAUCUGCCUCGCAACCUUCCGGGUGGAAGAACAAACGACGCAAUACGGGCGCGAUCGUUAGGACGCGUAGUACAACAGGUGUUGAGCGCGUGAUUGUGAUUGACGUAGGCAAAACGUUUUUAAGUGCCGCACUCGAACUGUUUCCUCGACACGAUCUACGCCAAAUUGAUGCUGUAUUAUUGACACAUGGGCACGCAGACGCUAUUAAUGGACUGGACGACUUAAGAUGCUGGACAUUGGGAGAGAACCGUAUACAAGAUUAUAUCGAUGUUUACCUAUCUGAGGCGACUAUGAACGAUGUCAAGAGAGGAUUUCCUUACCUGGUCUCAAAAGACUUUGCAACAGGAAGUGGCCAUAUACCUCAAUUUAAAUGGCACAUCAUAGAAAGCAAUCGGCCGCUCCGGCUAGAUGGUGUAGACUUCGACAUUACUCCUAUCGAUGUGCACCACGGUAACUUACCAAUACCACAGCAUUCACUUUUGCUUGACACCAGCGUUUCGCCCAUUCCCGAGCCGUACUUGUGCUUUGGUUUUAUUUUCGGGAGUAUCAUGGUAUAUAUGUCAGAUGUUUCAAAUAUCCCAGAUAACACAUGGGAUGUAAUCGAGGCGUGCGGAGGGCUGGGUCCGUACCCGUACCAGCUCUUUGCUGUGGACUGCUUAACUUUAAGGAGCUUAACUGCACAUUUUGGGGUCAAGGAUGCGAUCGAUGCAGCAGUUCGUUUGAAUGCACACAGAACAUGCCUCUUUGGAUUUGGGCAUGAGAUUCCACACGACGUAUGGGACAUUAUUGGGAGAAGGGUGGCAUGUGAAGAUGUAGGGACGGUGUGGCCAUCCGCACAGAAGGCUUUGGAUUAUUUGUCACGAGUGGGCGUGCAACAAAAGCAAGACAUCAGGAUCAGUCCUGUAUACGAUGGAGAGUUGUUCAGGGUUCUGGAUGGGCAACCAAGUGACACCAAAAGUUAA